GAUGAGUCGAAGCCACUUUACUCGAUUAGGACAAUCCUACUCUCAUAUGUUUGAUGGUUUGGAAUCCAUCAAGUAAUUGCCAGGGUCGCAUUCAAAGGGUUUGAGUAUAUAACAGUAAGUUCCAUUCCUUCUUAUCGCGAGAAGUCAUACUAGAUCAUCAAUUGUCUACAACACCACAAGCACUUUACAUUACCUGUUCAGUACAUCACAUCGCUUGCCUCCAAACAACCAACGGCUUUCAUGCUUCCAAGCCAAACAUUCGCAAACACAGUUCACCACUACAACAUGGCUUCUUCUGUCUCAGAUCUUUACACUCGUCCUGAAGGGGUACAUGCCAUUCCAAAAGAAUCUCUCGACCUACGACCUGAUUCGGAGAUCGAUUAUGAUCUUUUACACCCCAAGUCAAUUUCAAGUGAAAAGAAUAUUUGGUUCUUCUGGCAUAGUGGUUUUCCCAACAUGCAUCAUUAUACGCAACGAAAUGUUCGCGCCUGGCACCGGAGGUUUUCAAAACAAGGUUGGACUGUCCGUGUAAUCGAUCGACAGCGAUCUUCACCUCUAAAUGUCGCGAACUUCCUGGACAUCAGCGAUCUGGGUACCUUCCCUAGCGCUUUCAUAGAUGGUACUAUUGGGGGCGAACAUAGCCCGCAACAUACAUCUGAUCUAGUCCGCUUUCCCCUCCUCUUAAAGUAUGGUGGUGUGUAUGCGGAUGUGGGGAUGAUGCAAAUCGGUGAUCUAGACCGUAUGUGGCGGGAGACCAUUGAUAACGAUGCAUCACCAUUUGAGCUUUUAUCAUACAAUGCAGGAACGGUUGAUGAGCGUUGUCUCACGAAUUACUUCUUAGCUUCAAAAAGAAGCAAUCCCAUGCUUGAAAGAUCACACAAACUACUACUGGCUUUAUGGGCUGCAGAUGGUGGUAAGACAAGCACAGAGGGGAUGCAUUCUAAUCCCUUAUUGAAAGGAGUUGAGUUGAUGGGGGGUUCAUUCACUAUUGAGGAGGACGGAAAAAUCAUUUCGGCUGAAGAAUGUAGCAAGCUAUUAACAGAUUACAUCAUUCAGGGACAAGCAAUGACGAUGGUACUGGGACUAGUUGAUGAAAAUGACAACUGGGAUGGGCCAAGAUAUUCUGCUGAGCAUGUGUACGCCAUCGAAUACAUGGAAGGUUCGCAGCUUAUCAACGAGCUCACGGCCUGGGAUGGACCAAAGGCAUUUGCUUUGAUGUCGCUUUCAAUUCCUCGUAAUGGGGAAGCAGAGAGCCCGGAGCAAACGCAGGCAAGAGAGAUAGUGGAAGCUUGUUUGAAGAGAAGUUUUGGCUUCAAACUCGCUCACGGUCUUAUUUUACGGGUAUUGGGUGAGACGUUGGGGUCACUGUGGAGAAAGCAUGAUGGGUCAGAUAUAGUACCUGGAACAUAUGCGGAUUGGUUGAGGCAUGGCAUGAUAUAUUGGACGCAAGAUGGACUUCCAUCGAGAAUGGAGUUUCAGAUCAUGGAGCCAAUCAAAAGAGGGUCUUUAUUAGCAAGCAUUUGAUCAUUUAGAUGAACAUAAUAUAAAAGUUCAUAAUUGAACGUAAUAUAGAGAUGUGUUCAAAUUAAAAACAUAAUUAUACUAGCUUCGCUCAAUUUAUGAAACUGAGUAUAGAUUAGUAGAUCAAUUAGUGUCAAUAUUAUACCUAGAGAUAUUUGUAAUCGAAGAAACA